CUGGGGUCCAGGGCAGAGGGUGCGGGACGGAAGUGAGCGGGUUUUGCCCCUUCCCCCUCUCGCCUUCGCGUGUGCUGCCGCCGCGGCUGCCCGCUCUCCGGCGAGCCGGAGUCUCCGUGCCGUACCCUCGUCCCCGGCCGCGCGGAGCCGGGAUGCACUGCUCCUGCUGUGGGUCCUCAUCAUGGAGACCAAACGGGUGGAGAUUCCCGGCAGCGUCCUGGACGAUCUCUGCAGCCGAUUUAUUUUGCAUAUUCCCAGCGAGGAAAGAGACAAUGCUAUCCGAGUGUGUUUUCAGAUUGAACUUGCCCAUUGGUUUUACUUGGAUUUCUACAUGCAGAACACACCAGGAUUACCUCAGUGUGGGAUAAGAGAUUUUGCUAAAGCUGUCUUCAGUCAUUGUCCGUUUUUGCUGCCUCAAGGUGAAGACGUGGAAAAAGUUUUGGAUGAAUGGAAGGAGUAUAAAAUGGGAGUACCAACCUAUGGUGCAAUUAUUCUUGAUGAGACACUUGAAAAUGUACUACUGGUUCAGGGCUACCUAGCAAAAUCAGGCUGGGGAUUUCCAAAAGGAAAAGUAAAUAAAGAAGAAGCUCCUCAUGAUUGUGCUGCUAGAGAGGUCUUUGAAGAAACUGGUUUUGAUAUCAAAGAUUAUAUUUGUAAGGAUGAUUACAUUGAACUUCGAAUCAAUGACCAGCUUGCUCGUUUGUACAUCAUUCCAGGAAUCCCAAAAGACACAAAGUUUAAUCCGAAAACCAGAAGAGAAAUUCGGAACAUUGAGUGGUUCUCCAUAGAGAAAUUGCCCUGUCAUAGAAAUGAUAUGACCCCAAAAUCAAAACUUGGUUUGGCUCCUAACAAAUUUUUUAUGGCUAUUCCCUUUAUCAGACCAUUAAGGGACUGGCUGUCUCGAAGAUUUGGAGAUUCCUCAGAUAGUGACAAUGGAUUUUCUUCAACUAGUAGCACACCGGCUAAACCUACUGUGGAAAAAUUGAGUCGAACCAAAUUCCGCCACAGUCAGCAGUUAUUUCCUGAAGGUUCCCCAGGUGACCAGUGGGUAAAGCACAGGCAACCACUGCAGCAAAAGCCAUAUAAUAAUCAUUCCGAAAUGUCUGACCUUCUGAAAGCAAAGAAUCAAAAUAUGAGGGGAAAUGGCAGAAAACAGUAUCAAGAUUCACCUAAUCAAAAGAAAAGAACAAAUGGGGUCCACAGCCAGCCAGCGAAGCAGCAGAAUUCCUUGAUGAAAUGUGAAAAAAAACUUCAUCCACGAAAACUUCAGGAUAAUUUUGAAGCAGAUGCUGCAUAUGACUUACCUUACUCUGGUGAAGACCAGUUGCUAGAACAUGCUGAGGGACAGACUGUGGCAUGUAAUGGACAUUACAAGUUCCCCUUUUCAUCCAGAGCCUUUUUGAGUUUCAAGUUUGACCAUAAUGCUAUAAUGAAAAUCUUGGACCUUUGAUAGCAGCAGAUGUGUUGUGGAAGCAUCUGCAAGAUCAGAGACCUGUUGCAUUUGAGUGGGUGUCUCUCUGAGCCUUACCUUUCUCAGGUGUUUUAAAGAAAUGCAGGGAGGCAAUGAUGUUUCUGAAGAGAUUGUUCUCUGUGCAGGAGAGAGAGUGGAAAGAAACAUGAAUUUGGACUGUAAAUGCAGUUUUAUAACCUUUUAUACAGAUGUACCUUUUCAGUAUUUGGCCAAUGAAUUUGAGUUGCUUUUUAUGAGGGCAUUUUUUCCUGUGAUUGUGGCUUUUAUUUUAUAUUCUGAUCAAGAAAAUAGUGUUUAUCAUCAAGUUAAUGGACAUGCUCUGUCCAUACACUUUAGUGAUUGCAAUAAUAGUUUCCUUACAUUGAAAUUUUAAAAGGAACAAAAUACAUAAUUUAUUAAGCAAACCAAACACAAGAGCUGAAAUGUCAUAGAAGUCAAGAUUGCAGGUCAUCUUCUUUGGUGGCAUUUUGCAUAUUUACUUUAACCACUUAGGUUCUCUAAUCCUCCUCUGCUUGAAGUUUCGUUUAAAGCUUUUAUUUAGAGCCAGCACCUGCAAUAUAAUGUUCAAAAUGAACUCUUAGCACUUCAUUUAAGAGCUGAGUCCUCAGCCUGUAUAGGGACUGAGUUGGUUGGGUGGGGAGUUGCUGCUCUAAUUUUGCACUGUGCUGCAUGCAGUCAGUAAACCUGUGGGACUGCUGGAGAGGGUAGCAGAGAGCGCAGAGGCCGGGAUGCAGCAACUGCCUUGGUUAUGUCUUCAACCUGCCGCCAGCCCUUUAGUCUACAAUUAUUUUGUUCUUGUGAAGAUACAUUCUGUAUUACAGUUGUGUAAAUACAUGUGGAAUACUGAUAUUACUAGGUUUUACAUUGCAUCUCAGUGUUGAUCUGUGGAAACUGAUGCUAUAUUCAGUUCCAAUUUGCAGUAGUAGCAGAGACUGACUGACUUUUAUUAGCAUGCUGAAGCCCCUGGGUGAUGGAGCAAGAAUGGAAGGGCUGUGCAGUUUACCCAGUACAGAUAAAGCCUCUCUCUAGGGGAGGAUCAGGAUGGAAAAGUAACAGACACAACUAGGAAUGUAUUUUGCUCUUUCAGGAUUCUUAAAUCCAAAUAAGGAUGGCAGUACCCAUUUUAAGAAGAAUUUCAGUUAUAAUUGAGGACAAUCACCAGGGCUUUAAGGGGGCUUUAGUGUUUGGGCUCCUUCUGAUAUCAAUGAAGGUAUUUGUGUGGGGUGAGGGGGUGGGAGCAUAUGCGUGCGUGUGCAUCUGUCGUGGGUUUUAAAAAUCGUUUUUUACAUGUGGUAUCCACAAAAUAUAUCUCUGCUUGUAAAUUUUAUUGUAGAAAUCUUUAUUCUGUAUAGGUAGCAUAUUUAAUAGGGGUUCAUGUAACCCAUGGGACUUUUAAAAGAAAUGCUAUUGUAAGGAAUUCGCUUGGUAUUACUUUGCUUUAGCUUUUAAAUGGCUUAAUUUUAAAGGAGAAAGUUUAUUUAUUAAUGAAACUGUCACUCUUGGUGCUAAGCAGGAGAAUUCACAAUUGCAGCAUUGUGUUUAGCAUUAGGUUACUUACAAUCCUGCAUCUUUUAAUGUGACAAAUUUGUGAAUCCUUCUGUGACGUUAUAUGAUUGUGUUUGGAAGUUCUUACUCUUCUCUCCAGAAAUACAGCUGCUUUGCUUGGGUCUCCUUGAGCCAUAUUUAUAGUUGGUCCCAGCAUUCCAGGUUUCUGUUAAAUUGUUAAGGGAGUGAAAACUUCGUUUGCCUGACAGUUAAAUCAUUUUUACUCAUUUACUGUCAUCUGGAAACCAAUUAAUUUUUAGUGUUUUAUGUUUUCUUCUUUUUAAGUGAGUACUAUACUAUGGUCAGUCUCUCUGGUGCCUAGAGUUGGAUUUUUCAGCUCUCAAUAUUAAAGCAAAAGAGAUUAGAGUUAGUUAUCAAAAGUGUGUCUUCUAAUAGUGUUGAGCCUUUCAAGAACCAACAGAUUCUCUUUUCAGUUACGGUGGUUUAACCGUAGUUCAAUGUUACUGCAGUUGUGCUGCUUCACUUAAUGCACUGUGGAACAAAAUAGGGUGUUGUUGGGGUGGGGGUUUGAUAAUUUGAGGCUUUUAGCUAUCUUGAGUUUGAGAUUAAAAAAUGUUAAAAGAAGUGAGUAAAGUUUAUGUGUGUGAUGUGACUAAACUAUGCAGAAAAUGUUUAAGUUGGAUGUAUGUGCUUUAUGUACAUCUUGCUAUACUUAUUCCCUCGAACCUGUGUAUUAGUUUCUCAGUGUUCAGGUUUCCUUGAGAAAGGCCAUGCUUAGCACAGAACUGGAUUUCUCCUUUGAGAAACUUUAGCAUGGUUUGAAGAAAUCAGUGAUAAAGAAGUGUGCUGAAUAUGCAAUAAUUUACUUCUGUGUGCUGCAUUUUAAGCUAGAUGAAUAGUUGUGUUG